AUGACAGAUAAUUCAAUGUCUUUUACAAAAGAUAAUUUUAAUUCUAUAAUAGAAGAACUUGAGAAUACAAUGCAACGAUCACAACUACUUGCAUCUCAAGCUCAUCAUAUUAACACAUUACAAACAAAACAAAUAGAACAAUGUCAAACAACAAUGGAUAAAUCAAGUAAACAUCUUAAAGAUGUUGAACAUGAAAUUGAUGAAUUACAAAGAAAUUUCUGUAUUCGUUUAUGUUGUCCAUCAAAAUCAAAAAAAUUCAAAUCGAAAAAUUCAUCAUUAAUUAAAUCUCAAGAAAAUAAAUCAAAUGAAAAUUUAGUUCAUAUUGCACAAGAUAGAAUCUAUUCAAAUGAUCAAUUGCAAAAUGUCGAUGAAAAUUUACAACGUUUACAAUAUUUUAAUACUUUAAUUGAUAAUGAAAUUCAAGAUCAAAUUCAAACAUUAGUUUGUUUUCGAUAUACAACAGCUCUCAAAAUGAUUCGAUCACAUUUUUCUUCCACUGCUAAUGAUCUUCACAAUAAAGUCGAUGUUGAUAUAUAUAAAUUAACAAAAGCUAAUUCUAAAAGUUAUCGAAUAUCGAAUAACAAUGUUGAAUUAGUCAUGUGUUUAUCAUCAGAUCCUAAAUGUAAUAAACCAUUAAUACAAAAUACAGUGAAUAAUCCAGGAUUUGGUCAAGCAAGAUUACGUUUAACAUUUACUCAAGAAGAUCCAUUAUGUGAACAAGGUCUAAGUUAUUCUCGUGUUUCAUUACCAUUUAAUCUUACAGGAAAAGCUUAUUGUAAAGGAACAAGUAUUAAUGUAACACGUAAUCAUUUUGAAUUUUCAACUUGGUUAACACUAUGUGAACUUGAAUUGAAUUUAUACAUUCUUUAA